GCUAUUUUCACGCAUGCGUGUCUGUCGGAGUGCUCCCGUACGGGGCAACAGUUGGGAAAAUCCUUUAGCACCGGUUGUAGGCCGUGUAGGUAGGUGCUAGGACCGUCUUGGUAGGUGGCGAGAGCAUCUAAGGGUAGUCUCGCCAUGGAGUCGGUUGGGCAGAACGGGACGUUUCCAGACACCAUGGCACCAACACCUGAAGCCCUGCUGACGUCCGAUCCCACCUCAACCCCGGCCUACUUCACCACGGAGCAACACCUGCUCAUGGCCGUCUGGCUCGGCUUCAUCGGGUCGUUCGGCUUCAUCGCCAACCUCCUGACGGUGCUGGUGUUCUGGUGCUUCAGGUCUCUCCGCACGCCGUUCCACCUGUACCUGGGCGGCAUCGCGCUGAGCGACGUGCUGGUGGCGGCGCUGGGCAGCCCCUUCGCCGUGGCGUCCGCGGUGGGCGAGCGGUGGCUGUUCGGCCGCGCGGCGUGCGUCUGGUACGCUUUCGUCAACUACUUCCUCAGUAUCGUGUCUAUCGUGACCAUGUCGGCCAUGUCGUUCUCGCGAUACUGGCUCAUCAUCAGACCGCAGUCCGCUCAGAGUCUGGAGACCGUGUUCGGCGCAUGCGCGGUGAAUGCCCUGGCGUGGUGCUACUCGUUCUUCUGGACCAUCAUGCCCGUGUUGGGCUGGAGCCGGUUCACACAUGUGGCAGCCAUGACGGUGUGUUCCCUGGACUGGGAUCACCACACCCCCCUGAGUAAGUCGUACAUCCCGGUGGCUUUCCUGUCCUGCCUGUUCCUACCGCUAGGUGUCAUCAUCUUCAGCGUCGCCAAGACAACCAUGCAUCUACGACGGGCUGCCGAAGUUGAAGACGAGGUCCCAACUGAGGUGCAGGCCGGGCGUAAGACCACGAGAAUCACCCUGGUGAUGGCGGGGUGCUGGCUGGUGGCCUGGCUGCCCUACGCCUGCAUGGCGCUCGUCAUCGCCGCCGGAGGACACGUGUCCCCUACCAUAGAGGUCCUGGCCACCAAGUUCGCCAAGACAAGCUACAUCGUCAACACCAUCAUCUAUGUAGUCAUGGACAAGGAGUUCCGCAAGAGCCUGGUUCUCCUGUUGUUCUGCGGACGGGACCCGUUCAACAUCCAGAUCGAGCAGCCAGCGUACGAGAAGGCUGACGUGUACGUGGAGCGGCUGGUGACGGCCGAGCCCAUGGUGGAGAUGGAACCCGUGAACCUCCGCCAACAGGGGCAGCAGGAGCCUGGCAGAGAACCGUUCGGAACUCCGCUGUGAGAACCACAACGCCGAUGUGAUACCAUCUUAGUACAUCUCCAAAUUCUACUUUCUUCUCUAUGUACAAAUACUUUAUUAUCUGCUUUAUUUAUUCUUAUUUCAUGUGUGACCUUUAACAUGAGGGUAUGAAAGCUAUCCUAAUGUAUCUGUUAUGUUGUGUGUAUUAGUUUAAUCCUUCAUAUAUACUGUACAUUUUUUAUUGUUUUGUUUUAUUUGUCUAAGCAUCCACAUGAGACUAAAACGUUGAUACAUGACAGUAACUGUUUUACACAAGAAGCUGGUCUGUGAUAUCUUACUUUAUUAUGUAUAGUAAGCAAUUGUUUGUGGUGGGAGUUUUCUCAUGUUUAUGAAGUGUUUCAAAAUUCCAAAAUGAGCCAAACAAUAAGGCAAACCAGAGUACAUUUGAAAGCAAAUGUUUUCCUCAACCUAAAUGUAGGUAUACUAUCAACAUUGGGUGUUCAACAAUGUUUGUGUGCCAAAAUGAGUAUUACUUACUAUAAGGAUUUGACUUUUCACUUGAACACUAAGAACUGCUUUCUAAGGCAAUGAUACUGCUAUGAGCAAAACGUCUGCUGUUGGGUGGGUCUCCAUACAACAAGUAAGGUUUUUAUUCAUCUAGAUUGUGCCAAAUGGAAACGUUUCAAAGAAGACUUGUACAUGUAUUUGCAUCAUGAAGCAAUAUGCCAAGGUUUCAGAGACCACCUGGUCUAAAUCAGAUCUAUCAAUUGAAGGAUGACAAUUCUAGCCUGUUGUUCUAUGGCAUUACAUAAUGUAUCAUUUGUUUUGUAUACACGAUGUAUAUCAAAAUUUCCCAAUAUCUGUAUAUUUGUCAAUAAUCCACUGCUCCUGAUGCAAAUUGCCUACACGAGCGACUGCUACUGUUCCAACACGUAAUGAAUAGUGCUGAUGGACGUAGGUAAUUCCGUAAUGCAUUACUGGUAAUGACAGUGUGACACACCAGAAAAUGCUCCCAUUUGUUCCAUCGCACCUGCUACUUGUUGUCCAUGGCAAUCUCGUCUCGAAAGUUAUCUGAUGCUUUCCCAUUGAGCACCCAUUGAAAUGUAUAGAAAUGCAUGAGUUUGAUGCCAUAGGCCUAUUGUACAUUAUGUAUGCAUUGAAACAUCUUGUGAUAUACAUGUAUUUGUAAUGCUCGACUGUAAAUUUGAUUCAUGGUCAUGAAUGCAUGGUAUUAAUUAGGGGUAAAAAAUCGGGACAUCAUUGCCAAAUGACAUGGCAUAUGUCUGUAGUAUUUUGCUCACAGCAAGGUUCAAAGGCAAUUGGAAAGGACCAGUAUUGAUCUCCAAGCAGAUGUUUGGAGGCAGACAUGUGCUACCUCGUUGCUGCUUAGUUUAGUUUAGCUGACUAAGCCAAGCAACUUCAUAACAUCCACACAAAAAUUGAAGACAAUGUAUUGUAAAGUACAGUCACCAGUAAUGCUAGAGUGAACACAAAGUACAAUUGGAUUUCAC